CUCUUGGCAUGUGCCAGAUUCUCAGCUCCUGAAUCUUAGUGGACAUCUGCGCUUCUUCUUUCCUCUGCCUUCCAACAGCAUAGUCUAGUCAGUAUGUCGGAUGCCCAGACUCCAGAGAGACACCAACGACUGCAGGUGGGCUCCCGAGGUCGCAGCGUGGCACCCAGCGCCACCUCCAAUGCCGACGUCGAGGAUGUGCCCGAAUUUGAGUCCUUCGAGGGCAUGAUAGUACCCCGUGGACCUGGGUUCCUGGCUGCGUUCCUGGACAUCUGGGACCUGGACGUGAUGAAGGACCGCCGUGAUGUGAACAAGCAGCAGCACAACACAGUUGCCUACGCCAACGACAACCUGAUUGUGCGCCGUGCACAGGAGUUCCAGAUCAAACUGACCUUCAACCGUGCCUACAACCCCGCUGAGGACCAGUUCGCCAUGGAGUUUGCCAUUGGCGGCAGUCCUCAGGCCAGCAAGGGCACAUACAUCCCUGUGUUUCCCAGCGAGGAGCGUAAUAAGUCAUGGAAGGGCCGCAUUGUGGACACCAAUGAUAACGUCCUCACUAUGGGCAUCACUCCCACACCAGACAGCAUUGUGGGAAAGUACCGUCUGUAUGUUGCUGUGCAGACACCCUAUGGCAUCAGGAGGACUAAGAGGGACCCAAGCCUCGAUGUCUACGUGCUCUUCAAUCCAUGGGCCAAAGAGGAUGCUGUGUAUCUGGAGGAUGAGGCGGAGCGAGAGGAGUGUGUGAUGAAUGAGGUGGGGAUCGUCUACCAUGGAGCCUACGACGACAUUUCUGAAAGAAACUGGAACUUUGGCCAGUUUGAGUUUGGCAUCCUGGAUGCCUGCCUAUUCAUCAUGGAUAAAGGGGAGCUCCCCAUCACCAACCGCGGGGACCCGGUCAAGAUCUCCAGGAAGGCGUCUGCCAUGUUGAACUGCCGGGACGAUGACGGGGUGCUGGUGGGCAACUGGAGUGGGGACUACAUGUAUGGUGUGGCGCCCACCUCCUGGACUGGCAGUGUGGAAAUCCUCCUCAACUACGGAAAUGGGGGCGUGCCCGUCUGCUAUGCCCAGUGCUGGGUGUAUGCCGCCGUCUUCAACACCUUCCUGCGCUGCCUGGGGAUUCCUGCCAGGGUGGUGACCAACUUCUUCUCUGCCCAUGACAAUGAUGGCAACCUAAAGAUGGACAUCAUCCUGGAUGAGAAUGGGAAAGUGGACCGGGAUCGCACCAAGGAUUCCAUCUGGAACUACCACUGCUGGAAUGAGUGCUACAUGACACGUCCUGACCUCCCUGACGGCUUUGGGGGUUGGCAGGUGGUGGAUUCUACACCUCAGGAAACUAGUGAUGGCAUGUACAGGUGUGGCCCUGCAUCGGUCCAUGCUAUAAAACACGGCAUGAUCUGCUACCCAUUUGAUUCCCCAUUUGUGUUUGCAGAGGUGAACAGUGAUGUGGUGUUCUACCAGCGAAACCGUGAUGGAACAUUGAUUCCGGUGCGAAAGAACACAAAGCAUGUUGGUCGCCUGGUUCUGACUAAAGCUAUUGGUACCAAUGGCCGCCGUGAAAUCACUGAGGCUUACAAGUUCCCCGAGGGCAGCGCUGAAGAGCGGACAGUGCUGGAAAAGGCGGAGUUGUACGGCUGUCAGCGGCAACGUGUGGAUCCCCCACCGGCCGACGUGGAGCUGAUUUUACCUGCCGUAGAGGUGAGAGUCGGGGAUGACUUUGCGGUCACUGUGGAGCUGAAGAACCUCAGUGGGAAGAGCCGCACACUUGAUCUCUAUGUCAGUGGUUCCGUGGUGUACUACACUGGUGUACCCAGCUCCGAGGUCAUCUUCAAGAGACACACCCUCACUGUGGAACCAAAGAGUGUGGCGAGGGAGAUGAUUGCGGUUCGUGCUGACGACUACAUGACGAAUCUGGUGGAACAGGCCAACCUGCACUUCAUCGUCACUGGGAAGUCCAGAGAGACGGGCCAGAUUGCCACAGCAAUGCUCACCGUCGCCAUGCGCAAACCCAAACUCACAGUGAAGGUAUCAGGCAGUCCAAGAGUGAGGGAGGAGAUGUUUGUGACUGUGGAGUUCACCAAUAACUUUAAGUUUGACCUGAAGGAUGUAGACAUUCGUGUGGAGGGGCCUGGAGUGAUGUCGCCUCACCACAAGAUCCAGAGAUUGAUUGCACCUGGUACCACCAUGUCAUGGACCCAAAGCUUCUCACCAUGGAGGGUAGGACCAACCAAGCUGGUGGCCAGCCUGGACUGUGCUGCUCUCAGACAGGUGUCUGGGGAGGCUGAUGUCACCAUCGUGGGUUAAAGAGGAAAAAGUGGAAAAGAGGGCUAAAGAGAAAGCUAGUGGGAGGAGAGAGCAAGGCAGAGAAGAGAGGCUUUAGCUCCCAUCUAUUCUAAUGAAGAAGACAUUUAACUUGACUCACUAGAAAAGUAUAUGUGAUGAGUAGACCACUGGGCCUUCCUUUUUGUAUGUAUCCUUUUAAAUCCCAAAUCCCAUAUGGUGCUGUAGAGCUAAAGUAUAAAUAGGCCUACAGGUAGACGUGAUGGCACACUGUAUGUUCUGAAUGAGAUUCCUUCUUUAUGAAACUUUGUUUCUGCUUUCACUCUCCUUGACUGAGUGCACACCUCAGCCAUUCAAUAAAGCCAAAGUUGAUAAAUCA